GCCAUAAAAAAUUGUAAGUUGCCAAACGACUUGAGAAGUUGAGAAUAAAUAGUCAGCAUCUCUGUGAGCGCAGCCACUUCUUUCCGUUGUUUAUCGAAAUAUCGAUCGAUCCAGAGAAAGAAUAACAGAGUAGUGCAAUUUAAUGUCUGCUUCUUCAACUUUGAUCCCUACUUUCUCUCUCUAAUCUAUCUUCAUAGUAUAAUUAAACAUGGGUUUUAUGGAUUUUGUGACCUCCAUUGAUUGGCAUCACGAAUCUGACCCUUCUUUUCAAGAUUUCAUUGUCAUCCCUAUUUUUGCUCUUUUCUUCCCUUCUGUUCGUUUCUUCUUGGAUAGAUGUGUAUUUGAGAAAAUUGGAAAGAGAUUGAUUUUUGGAAAGAACUAUCAGUUAAAUGAUGAUGAUGUUGAUGCGAAAAAGAAGGUUAGAAAGUUCAAGGAAUCAGCUUGGAAAUGUGUGUACUAUCUGUCUGCUGAAAUUCUUGCUCUUUCUGUAACUUAUAAUGAGCCUUGGUUCACCAAUACGAAAUAUUUUUGGGUGGGACCUGGAGAUCAGGUCUGGCCUGAUCAGAAAGUGAAGAUGAAGUUGAAAGGCCUCUAUAUGUAUGCUGCUGGGUUCUAUACAUACUCGAUCUUUGCCCUUAUUUUUUGGGAAACAAGGCGUUCUGAUUUUGGCGUUUCCAUGGGCCAUCAUGUUGCAACUUUCAUUCUUAUAGUUCUGUCUUACUUAUUCAGGUUUGCUCGUGUUGGUUCAGUGGUUUUAGCUGUUCAUGAUGCUAGCGACGUAUUUCUUGAGAUAGGAAAGAUGUCCAAAUACAGUGGCUUUGAGGCAGUUGCCAGCAUAUCUUUCGUCCUCUUUGUAAUAUCAUGGAUCGUGCUUCGCCUUACUUACUACCCAUUUUGGAUCCUUUGGAGUACCAGUUAUGAAGUUAUCCUGACACUUGAUAAGGAAAAACACCCUAUUGAUGGACCUAUCUAUUACUACUUGUUUAAUACCCUAUUGUACUGCUUACUUGUUCUUCAUAUUUAUUGGUGGGUGCUCAUGUAUCGGAUGCUUGUGAAGCAAAUCCAAGCUAGAGGUCAGCUGAGUGACGAUGUUCGUUCAGAUUCUGAAGAUGAACAUGAAGAUUAAACUUCGUUGGACCAGAAUUAACAGCCGAUGCUGCAGACGUUUUCAUGUACAGAACAACGAAAGAUUUGGCGAGGCGACGGAUCAAACAAAGCAAUCACUGAUAUGAAUGGAGUUUGGACAUUUAUUGUAUGAUUUGGGGUUUGAAAGGCACCUGAGUUGUACUCUUAUGAUUUAUAGACAUUAGCAAUUCAUUUCAAUUUUUUUUUCAGUGUAUGUUUCUCCAUAACAUCUGUGGGAGUUAAGCAAGUGUAAUUGUUGAAAAAUGAACCAAAGAGUAAAGACAAACAAGAAAAUCUUAUUGAUACUGUG